ACUUCCGCCUGGUCUUCCUGGGUAUCUCUAGCUUCUCUCUCGGAGUCGUGAUCACACGCUUUUGACUCGGAACUGCUUCCGCGGCUAGGGCGGCGAGGCUUGGAGGUGGCGGGCGGGAUGAGUACGGCGCGCGGUGGAGCGGUGCGGACGCUGCGGGUGCCGGGUCUCCACGGCUACGCCGCCGAGUUCUCCCCGUACCUGCCGGGCCGCCUGGCCUGCGCCGCCUCACAGCACUACGGCAUCGCGGGCUGUGGAACCUUGCUAAUAGUGGAUCAAAUUGAAUCUGGGCUUAGGCUUUUUAGAAGCUUUGACUGGAAUGAUGGUUUGUUUGAUGUGACCUGGAGUGAGAACAAUGAACAUGUCCUUGUCACCGGGAGUGGUGAUGGGUCGCUGCAGCUCUGGGAUACCGCCAAAGCUGCAGGGCCACUGCAGGUCUAUAAAGAACACACUCAGGAGGUAUAUAGUGUUGAUUGGAGCCAAACCAGAGGUGAACAGCUUGUGGUAUCUGGUUCAUGGGAUCAAACUGUCAAGUUGAAUUUGCUGGUGACUGGGGCAGUUGACUGUAGUUUGAGAGGCUGGGACUUAAGGAAUGUACGACAACCCGUGUUUGAACUUCUUGGUCACACCUACGCUAUUAGGAGGGUGAAAAUCAUUAGAGAAGCUGAAUUAGGAUUCUGGAACUUUUCAAAGCCUGACCCUCUUCUUGAAACAGUGGAGCAUCACACAGAGUUUACUUGUGGUUUGGAUUUAAGUCUUCAGAGCCCUACUCAGGUGGCUGACUGUUCUUGGGAUGAAAUGAUAAAGAUAUAUGAUCCUGUUUGUCUUACUGUUCCUGCUUGAAAUACACUGUUCUUGUCAGAAACAGAGAAUGCUGGCUAAAGAACUACAUAACAGCAAAUAAAUAAACUGUUGAAAACAUA